UCGAGUGAGAAUCAUCGGAUUCUCUGUGGGAAGAUAGUUCACCAUAAUGCGCAAGAUUGAGGACUCAUGAUCUUCCACUGCGAAGUCUGAGCGUGCAUGUGUGACAUCGAGAUCACGACUCGUUAUGGCAGAAGAAAGCAAGGUGCGCGAUGCAGAGAGUGGGGACAAAAUUGGGAAACUCGACUCCUGGUCCGUGCAUCGCAUCUGCUCCGGACAGGUCAUCGUUUGCCUUGCCGUCGCUGUCAAAGAGCUGGUGGAGAACGCUCUGGAUGCUGGUGCGAAGGAAAUCGUAAUUCGAACAAAGGAAUUCGGCUCGAAACUCAUCGAGGUCCAAGACAACGGAGACGGAAUUCGCGAGGAAAAUUUCGAUGCUCUCUGCCGGAAGCACUUCACUUCGAAACUACAGAACUUCGCGGAGUUGGAGAACAUUCUGACAUUUGGCUUCAGAGGUGAAGCCUUGUCGUCCCUCUGCGCUCUCGGGGAGCUGUCGGUGACGACGAAACACGAGUCGAAAGAAGUCGGACACGCUCUGAAGUUCGAUGCGGAAGGCCUGCUCUCCGAGAAAAAGCCGUGUGCGAGAUCGACGGGAACGACCGUGACCGUGGAGAACAUAUUCGUCAGUCUUCCCGUCCGCCAUAAACAGUUCUUGAAUAACUUGAAGAAGGAAUUCACAAAAAUGGUGCAUUUCAUGUCAGGAUAUUGUCUCAUCGCUCGGGACGUCGCCAUUUCGCUGACGAAUAUCGAUGAGCGGGGAAAACGCCACGACGUUUUGAAAAAACGAGCCCAUUCCUCUUUCAAGGACAAUAUCAUUGAAAUUUUCGGAUUUAAAGAAGCCUCCAGACUCUUGCCCUAUGCACAGAUAACGAUCUCCGAGGAAAUAAAGCAGGAAUUCGGAUUGGGCAACGUGUCCACUGAGCAUUUCGAUGAAGUCACUGUCGAGGGUUUUGUGUCGAGCAGCGAACACGGCUCGGGGAGGAGUUCUGCCGAUCGACAGUUCAUCUUCGUCAACUCGAGACCGUGCGACUUUCCGAAAUUGACGCGAGUGAUCAACGGAGUCUAUCACCAGUUCAACUCAUCGCAGUAUCCCUUCGUGAUGCUGAACAUCAUGACGCCGCGUCACUUGGUUGACGUGAAUCUCACUCCCGACAAAAGGAUGCUCAUGCUCCAGAGAGAGAACGUUAUUCUCGCCAUGGUGAAAGCUUCACUGACUUUGAUGUUCCAGAAGCAAGCCACGAGAUACGCCGUCAGCUCAGUUUCGAAAAUCAGCUCCUCCUUCAGUCGUCGGGAAUCGACGCCGCUGGAACUCGACGGCGACUCACCAGACGAAAUUGUGGAGGAGACGCGUUCCCGUCACGCAGCGGCCCUUGAGAAAAAACAAAAUUACAGCUCCAGGCGACGAUAUCGAAGGAGCCGCCAUUCUCGAGAGAGUAAGCUCUCGGUGGAACAAGCAUCAACAGCUUCGCAUCCGCUCGUUGGCGCCUUGAAAGAAGGGGAGGACGUCGAGCGAUCCACUGGUGCGCGGAUCGACAACGAAGAGCUCGACCUGGUAAUUUUCUCGGACGAAGACUCGUCAGACCCCUGUGAACUCCCCGCGAACGUUCGACAUUCGCCGAAGACCGGUGUCACGCCCGCCUUGGAAUCAUCUCCGAGUCUGAACGAGGAUCCGAAGACGAGCUCAGGAACCGGACGCUUGAGCGAUAGCCCCAAGUGUCCAGGAACUUCCCACGAGGUCUCAGCCACAGAAGCUGCCGACGGCAUCGAAAAGUCAGAUCAGGACAUUCCAGCGAGUUCCGGGGGUCAAGAAGACGACGAAGCAGCAGACGAACCUGGAACUGUACUUUUUGUCGAUGAGACACCGAAACGCAGAGUCGGAACCCAUUUUCUCGAUUGGAGUGAAGAAGAAAUGUUCCGGGAUUUCGCCGAUCUAGAGGAGGAUCACCGCAUCGACACCAAUGACGAUGCUGGCGCGAGCAAUGCGAACCGCAAGAUGUUCCGUUUCAGGGCGAGAAUAUCUCCAAGAGAAAACAGCACCGCGGAGUCCGAACUGAUGCGCGAGAUCACAAAAGACAUGUUCAAGGACAUGGAUAUAAUCGGUCAGUUCAACAAAGGAUUCAUCAUAGCCAAAUUGAACACCGAUCUAUUCAUCGUCGAUCAACACGCGGCCGACGAGAAAUUCAAUUUCGAGACGCUCCAGGCCACAACAGUUAUCGAAAGUCAACCGCUAGCCAUCCCCCUCAAGCUGUUCCUGGCUCCAGGGAACGAACAAGUCGUUCUGGAAAACCUACCGAUUUUCGAGAAAAAUGGUUUCCGUUUGUCCUGCGACGAGGACGCGCUUUGCGGUCGAAAGCUCUCCUUGACCGCGGUUCCUCAAUCCGGGCAGUGGGCGAUGGGGGCGAGCGAUAUCGACGAAUUGAUAUUCAUGCUCAAUGAGAACUACCAUCCGAAUCGCAUGAAUUGCAGACCAUCAAAAGUUCGAGCCAUGUUCGCCAUGAGAGCGUGUAGGAAAUCGGUGAUGGUCGGACACGAAUUGCGACCCCGUGACAUGAAGCGGGUCGUCUCGCAGCUCAGCGGACUCCAGCACCCAUGGAAUUGUCCUCACGGCAGGCCAACGAUGCGCCAUCUUGUGAACUUGAAUCUCGUUCAUUUGUGA